AUGUGCUUCCAGGAGGUACGGCUUCCAGCAGCUGGACCCAGAGGCUGCAAGCGCGGCGACGGACAGAAACGCUCCCGCGGCGAGGCAAAGUAUGACUCUGCCCAAGAGAAGGCAGAUUGGGACCUGGUCCAGCGGACGCUGGUUGCGACCUUCACGAAGACGUAUAGUUUCCACUGGUCGCUGGCCGACUGGAAAUACUCAGGCACUUUAAUGAUGAUCCGGCGAAGUCUUCGGCCGUCUCUCAUCACCUACACGUGCCCUACGUUUGGCAAGGAUCAUGCGUCGCAUUUUGAUCCGGCAGAUGCCAAGUGGCACCCAGAGGGGAGAAUCAUCCGAGCUGGCUUUGCAACCUUUGAUUUGCUUGCGACGUACUCGCCGAACAACGGCAGCGACCAGGAAUCUUUUGCAAGAAGGGCCGCAUGGGACAAGGCGUUGAAGGAGGAUGUGGUGCAACGGAAGCGCCCGCUGGUGUGGAUGGGGGAUCUGAACGUUGCAGCAGAGCGUGUGGAUGUGACACAUCCGGACUGGUUUGCGCAGCAGUGCUACCAGGGCGAUCCUGAAGACAUGCGUGGCCAGCCUGGCUUCACUGAAGGCGAAAGGCGACGCUUCAAAGAGCUCCUUGAGACUGGUCGCUUGGUGGACGCGUACAGGCAGCUGCAUCCCGCCAAUGACGUCCCUCCUGCGGCAGGACCUUACUUCACUUGGCGAGGACAUCCUCCCGUUCAUCAGAACGUUGCGAAAUACCACGCGAAAGGAAUGCGCAUCGAUUACGCGCUUGUGGCCGAGGAGAUCUUGUCCCGCUUGGAGGCCUGCGACAUUUUGGGCCAAGGUGCCGACAGGAAUGGUUUCCUUGGAAGCGACCACUGCCCGCUUCGACUUACCUUACUGGGAGGGCCAUCGGCUGAACCUGCUGAGCCGAAGAUAAAAGAAGCAGGCUUCAAGUCUCCCCCACAGGUGACAGUGCUGGACUAG